GGCUCCCCUCCGUGAGGACCCAGAGAGGCCAGGUGCUGCCUGCAGAGGCUGAGCGCUGUGGAGCCAGAGGAGGACAAGCAAAGCCAUGAUGUUUCCAUGGAAAUGUCAGGAUGCACAGAGGGGCUUGUGGAUCACCAAGUGGUGGAUCUGGACAGUGCUCUGCUGGGAAUUCCUGGCCCAUCAUGGAACGGACUGUUGGACUUACCAUUAUUCUGAAAAACUCAUGAACUGGGAAAGUGCUAGAAAGUUCUGCCAAGAAAGGUACACAGAUUUAGUUGCCAUACAAAAUAAGAGAGAAAUUGAGUAUCUGGAGAAGACAGUGCCCUUCAACCGUCAUUACUACUGGAUAGGAAUCCGGAAGAUAGGGAAUACAUGGACAUGGGUGGGAACCAACAAGCCUCUCACUAAAGAAGCCGAGAACUGGGGACCUGGAGAACCCAACAAUAGGGCCAAGGAGGACUGCGUGGAGAUCUACAUCAAGAGGAUGACUAAUGGGGGCAAGUGGAACGACGAAGCCUGCUACAAGCAGAAGGCAGCCCUCUGCUACACAGCUUCCUGCCAGGCCGGGUCAUGCAGUGGCCAUGGAGAAUGUGUGGAGACCAUCAACAAUCACACCUGCAGCUGUGAUGCUGGACACUACGGGCCCCAGUGUCAGUUUGUGAUCCAGUGUGAGCCUCCAACAGCGCCUGACCUGGGGUCCAUGAACUGCACUCACCCUCUGGCCAACUUCAGUUUUACCUCCACGUGCACCUUCAGCUGCUCAGAGGGAACUGAGCUAAUUGGGGAGAAGAGAACCGUUUGUGGAUCAUCUGGACUCUGGUCCAGUCCUCCUCCGAUAUGUCAACAAUCAGACAGAAGUUUGUCAAAGAUCAAGGAAAUUGUCACUCUCCAUAACUCACUCUUGGUUUCAGUGGCAGUCAUUGUCACUGCAUUCUCCGGGUUGGUGUUUAUCAUUUGUCUCACAAGGCAACUAAGAAAAGGCAAGAAAUCUCAGAUACGGAACAAGUAUCUGGAUCCUUACACGUUGGAGUUCCUUGAUGGGAUCUACACACCAAUACAACAAUAAACUGGGGCCAGGUGACAUGGCACCCCAAGACCCUCAGGAUUGAGGGAUACCACACAGGGGCAAACUGAAACAGUCCCUUUAAAAUUAAAAAAAAAAAGUUUAAACGGAACUUCCUGAUAACUGCUUCCUGCAUCUGGAGUUUCC